AUGGCCGCAGCGUACUGGACGGCUGGCACAACACACCGAGGAACAGGGAAGAUGGGCGGAGGAAGUCCAAGAGUUCCAGACCACGUCACCGACGUUGCACUCGAAGAGGGGUACACAGAACAAGGCGAACGCGAAGAAAGCGAAUCUGCCACAGCGGCCAAUGGGAUGUAUACCAGGCUACCAGCCCCAGGCGCUACGGGAGUCUAUGCCAUCUGCAGGAAGGCGCGAUGCGUUCCGUUUUGGAGACGGUAG